GAGAGAGAGAGUCAGUCUAGAGAGAGAAUAUAAAAGCACUAAAGUAGAACAGCUGAGCUGACACCAGUUCAUGAAGAUAGAUAGAUGAUCCUGAAGCUCUCUGCUCACGCAUUCGGCAACUCUCUCUCUCUCUGUCUCUCUCUCUCUAUCUCUCACUCUCUCUCUUCACUCGCAAGGUUUUCUUAAUUGAACUUGAAUUCGAUCCAUUGAUCUCUCUCCUGGAGUAGAAGAAUGGAUCCGUGCCCGUUCGUUCGGCUGAUCGUUGAAUCGUUGGCUCUAAAGCUUCCACAAGCAACCAAACCGGCCGGUUCAGGUGUUCAUCCAUCGUCCACUCCAUGCUUCUGCAAACUCCGCCUCAAAAACUUUUCCCCAUCACAAACAGCUCUCCUCCCACUCUCCUCCGCUUCCGGCGACUCUCCACCGGACUCCGCCACCUUCGCCGAAUUCCACCUCGAACCCAUUGUCCUCCGCCGACUCGCGUCCAAACCCACCGCCCUUCACUUGUCUGUCUACACUGGCCGUAUGGGUCGGACCUGCGGUAUGAGCUCCGGUAAGUUACUCGGCCGGGUUCGCGUCAGUAUCGACCUGAAAGGGACGGAGUAUCGGGCCUGCGUGUUCCAGAACGGUUGGUCGAAGCUGGGUAAACAGCCGGACAAGUCGUCAGCUCGGUUGUUCUUGGUGGUCCGUGCCGAACCAGAUCCGCGAUUCGUCUUCCAGUUCGGCGGCGAACCAGAAUGUAGCCCUGUAGUGUUUCAGAUCCAGGGGAAUAUAAGACAACCUGUGUUUAGUUGCAAGUUCAGUGCUGAUCGGAAUUCCAGAUCACGGUCUCUGCAAUUAGAUUCCGGCAACAACACCAGAAGAUGGAUCAGUUCCUUUUCUGGAGAGAAAGAACGACCAGGAAGAGAGAGAAAAGGGUGGAUGGUGAUAGUACACGAUCUCUCAGGCUCACCAGUAGCCGCUGCUUCCAUGAUCACACCCUUCGUCCCUUCUCCUGGUUCUGAUCGUGUCUCACGUUCCAACCCAGGUGCAUGGCUCAUCCUACGCCCUCACGGUUCAUCAGUCAGCACCUGGAAGCCAUGGGGACGUCUCGAGGCAUGGCGAGAGAGAGGUUCCAUUGAUGGUUUGGGCUACAAGUUUGAGCUUGUCACUGAUGGUGGCAGUACCAAUAAUGGAAUUUCAAUUGCUGAGGCCACCAUGAGUGUUCGGAAAGGUGGAAAGUUUUGCAUAGAUACAAGCACGGUUGGUGGUGGUGAGGCUGCGUUAUGGUCAUGGCCUGCACUUAGAGGGUUCGUGAUGGGUUCAACUGUGGAAGGUGAAGGGAAGAUUAGUAAGCCUAUGGUGCAAGUGGGUGUGCAACAUGUGACGUGCAUGGCUGAUGCUGCACUGUUUAUUGCUCUCUCUGCUGCCAUUGAUCUUAGCAUGGAUGCUUGUAGACUUUUCUCUCGUAAACUUGGAAAAGAGUUUUAUCAUGACCAGCAAGAUUAUCUCUCUUAAAGAGAUUUUUUCUCCUAAACUCUGAGAAUCCUAACUUAACAGGUUUGAGUAGGGGAGACCCAUUAAUUUCUAAUUUUUUCUUUCUUUUUUUUUUUUCUAAUUUGUUUUGGUGAGUGGGUUGUAGUUUGAUUUGGUUUGUAAGGCUAACCUUUGGUUUGUAAUUCGUGAGUUUAAUCACUCUUUUAACUUAUUUCUUUGGGUAUAGUUUGGGUUUUGUGUAUUUAUUUAUUUUUUCUGAUAGAAAGUUUGGAUAUUCACAGAGGUCAGAGAAACGUUUUUAUGUAUCAGUUUAUAGUUUCAUACAUAAUGGAACUGUACAUAGAUCAAAGGGAGUUAUUUCCUA